AUGAAAUAACAUUAGAAGAUCUUAAUUAAAUCAACAAAAAUUGCUUCAGUAUUGCAUUUGAUAUUUUAUGUAUAAUUGAUUAGCUUAAUUUUAUAUAAUGAAGAAGAAACAAUAAAAAUUAAGAAUUAAAAUUAUUCCUUAAAUUUAUUAUAAGGUUUCUCUUACUUGAAUUAGAUUGGAAGACCAUAUUAAAUUUUAUUGCGCUUUUAAAAUUUUAGGCUUUUUGCAUUUAUACCUCCUACUCUUUUCUUAUUUUUUAUUUCAAUAGGUUUUAUGAAGAAAUUCAUUAUUCAUUAUAUGUUUAAUUAAGAAAUAAUAAAAAAAAAUGCUAAUGAGAAUUCGAAUUACAAGUCUUAAGUAUCGAUAAUAUAUUAAUUGUAUUUUUAUUUAUUUGCUUUAUAUACAUUUGAUUUUUAUGUUAUUACAAUAACUGAAACAACAUCCACUGCAGCAAUAUCAAAUGUAGAAAUAUUAGUCAUCACAGUGAUACUAUUAUUUAAUUCAGUACUAUUUGUAUUUAUUAAUAUCUUAUGUUCAGAAUCUAUUCAUUUCAAAAGCUCGCCUUUACAAGUGUAACAAUUAUAAAAAAAUCAAUUUUUGAAUGUUAUAUUGAUCAUUAUUUCAAUGUAUUUCAAAUAACAAAAUGAUGAAGUGAGCAUACUCCUUGUUUAUAUUUUAAACAUCGUUAUUUUCCCCUUUUAUAUAUAUACUGAAAUUUAAAAAUAGUAAUCCUUUUUAAAUAUGCUUUCCUUAAUCAUAUUAUCUUUUGGAUUAUUUUAAAAUAUUUUCUCAUUGAUAUUAAUUGGGGCUAGAUUUGAAUAUAGGAUUGGAUUAGUAUUUAUCUUAUGCCCUUUAUUUAUAAAUAUUAUCAGUUACUAUUAAUAAGCAAGAAAUAAAUUAAAUUUUUAAAAAAAUAGAGGAAUUUAGGAAAUAUAUUAGAAUUUAAUGAUUCUAUCUGAUAAAAAAUCAAAAUACUCUAAAAAACACAAAUUUGAUUUAUUAUUUUCAACUAAAAAAGUGAAUAAUAGCUUGUUGAUUAGGAUCUUUUUUCAUUAGAAUUAAUUAAUUUUAAUAAUAAAAUUAUUAAGGAAAGUAAGUCAUUAAAAACUUUUUGGUAUUAAAAAUAUAUUCAAAUAAAAUACCACUAAUAAAAUUUUACUGACACAAUUUCUUUGAUUUAUCACUUUACUUAAAAUCAAUUAUAUUCAGAGUCUUCAAAGUUAUAUUUUAGAGUAUCUAUAUAACUGUCAUUUUUGCAAAGAGUAUAAUUAGAUUUAAUAUAAAAAGAAGUUUAUUAGUUUUUAUAUUAUAACAUUACAAAAGGAAAUGAAUCUUCUGAAAAUGAAUUAGCAAGAUAAUACAUAAUCUAUUCAAAAAUUGUUUAAGAAAACUAAUAAGAAAUAAAAGAUUUAUUUCAUUUCAAAGAGAAAAUUUACUAAUAAAUGCUUUAAGGAAAACAUUAAAAUUAAAAUUAAUUAUUUGAUAUAUCUUAUUCUUUAACUUAAAGAUCAUUAAAGUUUGUGAAAAAAAUAAAGAAUGACUUAUUUGUCCAUAAAAGUUAUAGGAUAUAACAACUACUUAUUAUGCUUUAUGUAGAUUUUUUUAACAAUAUCUUUCAAGCUGAAAUACUUAGAUAUAGUUAAAUAAUUAAUGAAGAUAGCAAAUAAAAUAUUUAUGAAUAAUAUUCUUAUAUUGGAUUGCAAAUAUUAGAUGAUAUGGAAAAUCUUGAAAUUAUUUAAUAUAGUUAAGAUAUGAUUUCAAACUUGGGAUAUUCAAAAAAUAAUAUCUAGUAUGAAAAUUUUAAUUUUAAGUCGUUGAUUCCAACUGAUUUUUAUGAAAUUCAUUAGUUUUUGAUUAAAAGAUUUUUAUAAACAGGUUUGUGUAAGAAAUCAUCAAAACCAUAUGAAUUAUUAAUAAAAGGAUAUUAAGAUACUUUUUUUUAUAUUUAGUUAUAAUUAAGUGUUUAACCUUUCACAAACAAUCAUAUUUAAAUUUUUGCAUUUAUUAAAUUUUUAGAAAACCAACCAAUAUCUGUAUUUAUAAAUAAGGAUAGUAAAAUUGUUGGUUUUACAAAUAAUUUUAUAAAUUAAGUUAAGGAUUUAGGAUUUGAUAAAAAAUCUCUUCUUUAAAGUGAUAUCAACAAAUUAAUAUCUAAUUUUAAAAAAAUACCUCUUUAAAAGCACAUAAAAAUAAAACUUUUAUAAAAUUAAGAUGAAUUAAAUGUAAUAAUGAUUGAAAAAGAUAAUUUAUUUGAAUUGCAAAUAAUUGAUAAUUCUGAUUUAAUAAUAAAUUCUGAUUCAGAAGAUUAACAAAGUGUUGUUAAAAGUUUAUCUUAAAAAUUAUUGCCAAAUUAAGAAUCCUUUGUUAUAAUACCAAACCAUCAAUUCUUUGAAGAAAUAAAUCUACCACUCUCAGAAGAAAGGAGAGAUAAAACUGAUUAAGAGUUACUGUAAAAUGAUCAAAAGAAAGGUUGUAUGGUUACUAUUAAAAGCAAAUUUUAAAGUGAUAAAAGUGAUUCUUUUAAAGAUGAAUAGAAAGCUUCAAAAAAUAGUCUCAAUUUAUUAUAAGAUGAUUUUAAUAAUGAAGAUUAAGCAUCAUCAAAAUUUUCAAAGGGAUUUCUUGAUACUGCUAUUUUUUAUAGUAAAUAUAACCAAAUGAAUAAAUUUCUGGAAAAUAAGAAAUUACUAUUCAUAUAUAUUUCUAUCUCAUUAUUUUUGUUUGUUUUAAUAAUAAACAUUGCUUAUUUUCUUCUUUAAGUAAUUUAUAUAAUGAAAAAUUUUGAUGAAGUUGCCAAUGAUGCAGAUUUACUAUCAAUAAAAUCAAAUUUUUUAGUGCCUGUUCAUGAUUGUAUAUGUUCUCAAUCUGCAUUUGUAAACUAUUAUAUGCUAUCAAUGUAUAAAGUGAUUACAAUAGAAACAGCUACAAUGAAAAUGCCUUUUUCUAGAGAUGCUAUUACCAAAUCUUAUGAUAUUCUUAAGGAAUCUUAUAUUACACAACUUAAUAAUAGAAACUUAUAAGUAUUUUUUUACGAUAAAAAUAUCUAAAUGCAAUUUGUUAAAAAUAACUCAUUAGAAUAAAGAUAGAUUCCUUUAAAAACAUCAUUAUUUUAUUAUUUGGAGUCUUAGUUCUUUGUAAUAUAAGAUAACUAAGAAAUUAAUUUGGAUUUGUUAAAUUUAUAAGUUUCAAAUGAUUUUGUAUACUUUAUGGCAAAUUUAUUAACUUUUGACAACUAUUUUGAUUCCUUGAGCGAUGAGGUGUCAUUAUUUAUUAUAAAUAGAACUUUAAACAAGGAAAGUGAAGGAGUUAAAAUAUUUUUAAAAAUGACAUUUCUUUAAAUUUUAUUCAUUUUAUUAGGGUUUUCUUAUGUUUUGAAAAACUAUCAAAUUCACACAAAGCAUUUUAGUUUAUAUACAGAUAUUAAUUAGUAUGCAUUAUAAAUGGAAUUACAACGAUUAAGUUAGAUUGAUUAAAUAUUGAUGAAAGAUAAUGCAUCAUACUAUUAUAAUUUUGAAAUAGCUAUUUAUGAAAAGAAAAUUCAAUAAAAUUUAGCAUAUUAUAAUUCAAAAAAUAAUUAAGUGAGAUUACAAUGUUAAUAAUAUAAAGCACCUAGAACAAAAAUUUUAAUAAUAUUUUUUAUAAUUACAGCUUUUAUCUUAUGUCCAUAAAUAGUUUUAGAAUAGAUUGAUAGCAAUUUUUAUGAAAAGUAUUAAGUAAGUAGUUAUUGGUUGGAGAAGAUUUCGUAAACUAGUUCAGCUUUGAUUUCUGUUUAUUCAUAUAGAGAAAUAAACUAUCAAAUAAGUGCAUAAAGUCCAUAUUAUUUUUUUUAUACAGAUGAUGUUCGAAUAUUAUAAAAUGAAAAAGUGGUAGAAGAAUUAGAAAAGAUUAAUACUUUUAUUACUUAAUUUCCAUAUUUAGACUAGUAAAUAUAUAAAUAAUAAUAAUUUAGAGACUUAAUGAUAAUAGAUGACUAAACGAUAGAGCUUUUAGAAGAAAUUAAAUCAACAAAUAUAUGUAAUUUUAUGACACAUGUAUUAAAAUAAUUAUUAAAAUUAGUUCAACAAGAGUUUAGCUCAAGAACAUUGCGAUUCAGCAUUUAAUGGAGUAAUGAAAUUAGGAAUAUAUAAUUCAAUAUCUACAUUGCAUGAAUAGAUAUAAUAAGAAUAUGAGAAUACAAAUGGAUUCUAAGCAAAAUUGAGACCAGUGAUUGCUCCUUAUGAAGAGUUAGAAUUAGGGAUGAUAACAUCUGAUGCAAUAAUGACAAUUCUUGAUUAAAUUUUGAAAGGAGUUACAGAAGCAAUAAAUAAGAUAACAAUAACUCAUUAAGUAUAUAUUAUAAAGAGUAAUAUUAGGUUCUGAGUAUAAUUUAUAUUCUAUUGGAUUUGAUAUUGAUUAUAGUGUUAUUUACAUAAUACCUUCCUUUUCUAGUCAAACAGCAAGAAAUAGUGAGAAGUAUGAUAUUUUUGAUUCCAUAAUAUUAAUUUUAUUUGGAUUAGAAAUUUGAAACAAAUUUUCGGCUUUUGUUAUUACAAACGAAAUGA